ACUGCUAUACAGGUCCCUGUUUGGCAACUCCAUCACGAUCCACAGAUCUGGUCUGAGCCAUACGAAUUUAAGCCUGAGAGGUUUCUCUCUGAAAAUAUGAAGGAUAUAGAUACUAUGGCUUAUCAACCAUUUGGAUCUGGACCACGAAACUGUAUUGGCAUGAGAAUGGGGCAGUUGGAGGCCAAACUAGCUUUGGCUAAAAUCUUACGCGCUUACAGAUUAGUUCCUUCUGAGAAGACGGAAAUUGGAGAAAUCCAAUAUAAAGUCAAGCUCAUAACCAUUGGUCCUGUAAAUGACGUUCAUGUAAAAGUAGUUCCUGUCUAGUGGUGGCCUCUAGUGGAGUGAAAUAUUCAAAUAUAUAAAAGAUUUUUUUAAUUUCUCACGUAAUGUUUUGGGUUGAGA